AUGCCGGUAGAGUUCAGGCUUCAAGAGGAGCCGUUUGAAGUCGCGAUUCAGGAAGCCAUUAAGGCGGCCGAAGAGGAGGAAGCUGCAGAGGUGGCUGCAGCAGAGGGCGAGGACGAGCAAGAUCCUGCUCUGGUUGUGGUUGAAGCCAUGACUUCAGACGACUCGAGUGGCGAAGAAGAGUUCGAGGCCUCUGUGGUUGUAGAGGAGCCUGUGUCUGGUGAGGUUCGGGUCACAGCUGACGAUGUUGGUGACGCUGAUUUACUCGAUGAGAGAUCUGUGGGGGAUGGGGAGGCAGAGAGCGCGAAUGGAGGUGAUUCUAAUGUAUGGUAUGGGGAUGGGCAUGGGAAUGGGCAUGGGGAUGGGGAUGGGCAGGGGAAUGGGCAUGGGGAUGGGCAUGGGAAUGGGCAUGGGGAUGGGCAUGGGAAUGGGCAUGGGGAUGGGCAUGGGAAUGGGCAUGGGGAUGGGCAUGGGAAUGGGCAUGGGGAUGGGCAUGGGAAUGGGCAUGGGCAUGGGCAUGGGAAUGGGCAUGGUGAUGGGCAUGGGAAUGGGCAUGGGGAUGGGCAUGGGAAUGGGCAUGGGCAUGGGCAUGGGAAUGGGCAUGGGGAUGGGCAUGGGAAUGGGCAUGGGGAUGGGCAUGGGAAUGGGCAUGGGGAUGGGGAUGGGCAUGGGAAUGGGCAUGGGAAUGGGCAUGGGCAUGGGCAUGGGGAUCGGGAUGGGGAUGGGGAUGGGGAUGGGGAUGGGGAUGGGGAUGGGGAUGGGGAUGGGGAUGGGGAUGGGGAUGGGGAUGGGGAUGGGGAUGGGGAUGGGGAUGGGGAUGGGGAUGGGGAUGGGGAUGGGGAUGGGCAUGGCCUGUGUGUUAUUGGGGACAGGACGGGUUACAUAAGCCGUUGGAUUGAUGGGAUCGCAAUGUAG